AUGUGUGACUCAGAGCCUAUGGAUGAGAGCAUCCAAAAUAUUAUUCGAGCUGCUGGACAGGAUCCAACCAGCAUGAGCAGAAAGACUAUCAAAUUCGUUUACGACUUCAUUGAGAAUUAUAAAGACGAUAUCGUCUCUCCAACGCCAGCUCAGCCUUACAAACCUCCUGCUCCUGUUGCACCACAGUGGAGUAGUCCUACUCCACCUCCACCACCUUCACGCACAGCAUCUCAUCAAGCUCCAGCACGUCCACCACCUCCUCCACCAGGCUUGUCUUCGGGACGACCCAUUGGUAGACCGCUGCCGCUGGUACCUGGCGCUGUAAUGAGUUCCGCUCCACCAGCUCCACCUCCUCCUCCGUCAAUGUCUUCGAAGGUGGAAGGGGGAAAUCUCUUGGCGACACGAACAGCGGAACAAGAAAAGAGGCGUUCUGAGAACACUUCAGCUGAAAUGGGUGGCAUAGCCGGUGCUCUUGCCAAAGCUCUAGAAGAGCGUCGAAUGAAUAUGGCUUUAGAUGAUUCAAGCGAAGAAGAAAAAUCUGACGACAGAAACGAAUGGUCUGACUAG